AUGAUAUUAAUCACAAGUUUAAUAACAUUAAUAGUUGCAGCAUAUGAUGGAACAGAUUAUCUGAAAGGUGAAGGUAAUUUUAUGAUAGAAUAAAAUUGGAUAAUGAAUCAAACAGAAGAAUAUAUGAAAACUGAAUUUAUUACUUAGGAAAAUGAGAAAGUAAAAUUGAUUUAUGAAUAAAUGAAAGUUUUUAAAAAUAUUUAAGAAGGCAGAAUCAGAAUUAAGUUUUAAAGAUGGAUUUUAUCAUUUAUUUGAAGAAUCCUAACCUUAGCAUAUAAGAUUCUGGUUUGCAUCUGGAAAUAAGGAAAUUGAGGACACAAAUUUAAGAUUAAAGGAUACAGCUACAGACAAAACAGCAGUAUCAUUUAGAUGUGGUUAUGCUGGAUUUAUUAGAGUAAAUGAUAAUUAAAUGAUCACCUUUUAUAAUAAUUCAGUUUCAAGUGAUGCAAAAAUAAUAUGGACAUAAGCAGAUAUCUUAUUGAAUUGGGAUACUUAAGAAGUAUUGGUUUUUAUGAAUGAAUCAUACAUGGGAUCAGCAACUUUUUAUCAUUCAGAAGUAUAUGUAAUAUAUUUAGAAAGGUAACAAAAGUUAAUGAAGUGAUGCUUUAUAAUUUAAAACCAGAUACUACUAGUUGGUGGAAGAAUAUAAAAAUAUGCAAAGAGAGAUGCGAUAAUUUUGCAUUUACUCAAAUAAUUGUGAUAUGUUUUGCAUUAUUCAUAUUAUUAUUUUGA